GGCGCAAUCGGCUGAAGCUGAGGCUCGCGGAGAUCGCGGCGCUGUUUUUCCAUUCUCCGGCAGAAGGACAGAUAAACACAGACAGAUUAUCAUGGAGUAAGUGGGCAGCUGAUGGAGGGAGGUGCCGCGAAAAAGGGAGCUUAUAAAUAGAGGUGUCCGGCAUGUGUGGACGCACAGAACUCGCUAGCGCAGCAGACUGACUUCUCCUUAACGACGGUGCAACCUCGACCGAGAGAGACACCUCCAGCACAGCCAUGUGUGGCAUUUUCGCAUAUCUAAAUCACCUGACGCCGAAGACCAGGAAGGAGGUUUUGGACUUCCUGGUUAACGGUCUCAAAAGGCUCGAAUACAGAGGCUAUGAUUCCGCAGGAAUUGCAGUUGACUCUGCGGAUGGGAGGAAUGUCUCCAUCAUUAAGAAGAAUGGCAAGGUGCAGGCACUGCAGGAUGAAAUUUACUCGAGGGAGGCAGAUCUGGCUUUCGAAGCAACCGCCGACUGUCACGUUGGCAUUGCCCACACUCGUUGGGCAACUCACGGCACGCCGAGCGAGCGGAACGCUCAUCCUCAGCGUUCGGACGAAGACAAUACCUUCUGCCUGGUGCACAAUGGCAUCAUCACCAACUAUAAGGACAUCAAGUUAUUCCUCACCAAGAAGGGACACACCUUUGAGUCGGAAACCGACACUGAGAUCAUCGCCAAGCUAAUGAUGCACAUCUACAAGAAAAACCCCAACGACACUUUCCAGGAGAUCGUAGAGCAGUGCAUCCAGCAACUGGAAGGAGCAUUUGCGUUGUGCAUCAAGAGCAAGCUCUUCCCUGGCGAGUGCGUGGCCACGAGAAGAGGAAGUCCUUUGCUGGUGGCCAUCAAGACCAAAACGCGUCUCGCAACCGACCACAUUCCUAUUCUCUACGGAAAAGACCUUGUGACAAGUUUGGAUCCAGCUGAGGCGAAGGCAAAGACAGAUUUUAGACCGCACGGAGGCACAGCGGCUGAAACCCUGACGGCUGCCUCCCUAAUGCCCCGUACCCCGUCGACGGCCGAAUUCCAGCCGAUGGAAGAGGACAAGCAAGUCGAGUACUUCUUUGCGUCAGACGCCAGUGCUGUCAUCGAGCACACCAAUCGCGUCAUCUUCCUCGAGGAUGACGACGUGGCAGCUGUGAAGGACGGCACCCUGUCCAUCCACAGAAUCCGCCGUAACAUGGAUGACCCGCACGCGCGUGAAAUCACCACCAUCAAGAUGGAGAUCCAGCAGAUCAUGAAGGGCAACUACAGCUUUUUCAUGCAGAAGGAAAUCUUUGAGCAGCCUGAGUCCGUCGUGAACACAAUGCGCGGCCGCGUCAACUUUGACACACAGUCCAUUGUGCUCGGCGGCAUCAAAGAGUACAUCCCAGAAAUCAAAAGGUGCAGAAGACUCAUGCUGAUCGCCUGUGGAACUUCCUACCACAGUGCAGUCGCAACAAGGCAACUUCUGGAGGAAUUGACCGAGUUACCAGUAAUGGUGGAGCUAGCCUCGGACUUCUUGGACCGCAACACGCCCGUCUUCCGUGACGACGUUUGCUUCUUCAUCUCGCAGUCUGGCGAGACCGCCGACACCCUGAUGGCUCUGCGAUACUGCAAGAACCGCGGAGCCCUGAUCGUGGGCGUGACGAACACUGUUGGCAGCUCCAUUUGCCGCGAAUCGCACUGCGGAGUGCACAUCAACGCUGGCCCCGAAAUCGGUGUCGCCUCCACGAAGGCUUACACGUCGCAGUUCAUCUCUCUGGUCAUGUUUGGCAUGGUCAUGAGCGAGGACAGAAUUUCGCUGCAGCAGCGCCGUAGAGACAUUAUGAAGGGCCUGCAACAACUGGAAGAGCAGAUCAAAGAAGUUUUGAAACUGGACUCGAAGGUGCAGGAGCUGGCCAAGGAUCUCUAUCAAAACAAGUCGCUGCUCAUCAUGGGAAGAGGCUACAACUUCGCAACCUGCAUGGAGGGUGCUUUGAAAGUGAAAGAGCUGACGUACAUGCACAGCGAGGGAAUCAUGGCCGGCGAGCUUAAGCACGGACCCCUGGCCCUGGUCGACGAAACCAUGCCUGUCAUCAUGAUCGUCAUGCGCGACCCCGUUUACACGAAAUGCAUGAAUGCGCUGCAACAAGUGACGGCUCGCCAGGGCCAGCCGAUUUUGAUCUGUGAAAAGGGCGACAAGGAUACGCAGGAGUUCGCCUCAAGAGUUUUGGAAGUGCCACACACAGUUGACUGUUUGCAGGGUAUCUUGACGGUGAUCCCGCUGCAACUGCUGUCUUACCACAUUGCUGUUCUGAAGGGUUGCAAUGUUGACUGUCCAAGAAAUUUGGCUAAGAGUGUGACUGUGGAGUGAAGGAUAUUCUUGCGCUGAAUUUUACUUCCGCGUCUCGGCACAAUCAGAACCAACAUUCCCAGCGCUACAUUCAACCCUUUUUAAUUCUCUAUUGUUGGCUUAUUUAAAAUUUUAUGUAAAAACCUUAACUAUCCCUGUUUUAAAUAGUUCUUAAAGGAUGAUGCGAGUUCCACCGGAACUCCUGGUUUUAUUUUCGUAUAAACAAACUUGUUAUCAUAAGUUUUAUCCUUUGUUAGUGUUCAGUAGAGUUUAAAAACCUACGACUGCAUCAAACGUGAUUCUGAAUGGGUUUUUUAAGGCCUCUCAAUAAUUCAAUGUUAACUGUAAGUUUCUUACAAUAAAAACAUUAUGAAGAAAAUGAA